AUGCAACCACAACCACAGGCACCAACCACAACUACAGUAGCUGCAACCACAACAUCAGACACUCCAACAACAGCUGCCCCAAUCACCACCAUAAUUGCUACAUCCACAUCCACAUCCGUUGCGCCAACAAUAACAAGAUCUACUCCAAGCAUCCCAAUUACAGCUGGCUCAACCAUAACUACAAAUCUGCAAACCACAGCAGCUCCAUCCACAACUACGAUUGCCCAAUCCACUAGAAUUAUUGCAACAGCCACUACCAAAACGUCUCCAGCUACGUCCAUAUCAACUUCAUCCAUAUCCUCAAUUUUUCCUUCAACAAUAUCAGCUUCAUCAGUAAUAACAGCUGCUACAGUUACAAGUCAAACUUCUGUUACAGAUACCACAGUGUCUCCUAACACAUUCACAGCUGCCCCAAAUAUAGCCACAAAUGCCCCGAUCAGAACCACAAGUGGUUCAACCAACACUUCUGCUACUCCAGCAACAACUACACCUGCUCUAAUUACUUCCACAGUUCUUCCUUUAACAGCCACACCUUCCCUGACCGCAACAAUUCCAUCAAAUACGACAGUUUCAUCUCCCACCACAGCUCCUUCGACACUAUCAGCUAAGCCAACCUUAAUGUCAUCUACUCAAAACCAAACCACAGCUUAUCAAACAAUUCCGGCUACUAAUGCAACUCCUACAAAUGGACCUCCUGCUCCAGUUUUUUAUGUUGGAGUGGUUGUUUACGAACCAUUUGAUGAAGAUCUCAAAGAUAAUAACACCCAAACAUUUGAGGAUCUCGCGAAGAGGAUUGUAGCAGUAUAUGACAUGCUCUACAGAAAAGCUUUUGGAGCCCUCUUCGUCCGUAGUUAUGUCAUUUCAUUUAGAGUUUCUUUAACAUCCCGAAUUCGAAUGAAUGUCACAGAAGUAGAAGUUGGGGUGGAGUUUAACCAAACCACGCCACUUGUGGAACUCCCAAGGAACGAAGAAGUACAAAAAACGUUAUCAGAUGCUAUAGAUAAGUCUAAUAACAACACUAUCAUGGAUGUUCCAUUUUCACCUGGUUCUGUCCAAAUAAUACGCACACCUUUGCCAACCACACCGCCCACUACAAAUUCUACAGAUACUACUAUCUCUCCAAACUCAACUCCAUCUACUGAAGUUAAUUCAACAACCAACACCACAACUCCAUCUACUGCAGUUAAUCCAACAACCAACACCACAACUCCAUCUACUGAAGUUAAUUCAACAACCAACACCACAACUCCAUCUACUGAAGUUAAUUCAACAACCAACACCACAACUCCAUCUACUGAAGUUAAUUCAACAACCAACACCACAACUCCAUCUACUGCAGUUAAUCCAACAACCAACACCACAACUCCAUCUACUGAAGUUAAUCCAACAACCAACACCACAACUCCAUCUACUGCAGUUAAUCCAACAACCAACACCACAGCUCCAUCUACUGCAGUUAAUCCAACAACCAAAACAACUCCAACUGUGGAGGCAACAGUCACAAGGAAAGUGACUUUUAGGUCUCUGGGCGAGACCUUCACCACUGAUUUGCUGAACCCAUCAUCUGCCGCAUUUAAAAAUCGAGCUGCACUUUUAAAGUCAAAUCUUGAACCUCUCUUCCAGCGAACGUUUUCUACUUUACGCGACUUCACUGUAACUUCAUUCAGCAACGGAUCAAUUGUCAACAACAUGAACCUCAAAUUUUCAGCAGCGUUUAUACCUAGCAACAUUCAAAUUGCAGAGGUUUUGCUGAAAGCAGCUUUGAUCGUCACAGACUUCAACAUUGAAACUGCUUCUUUUCUUGUGGAUGACAUACAGGUAUCAAGUGGAGUAAGCCACAACAUCAGCCUCAUCACUGCACUCAGCUUGGUCCUGCUGUCAUGGCUUCUUUCAAACCAGCAAUAACGUCUCUGCUGGUUUCCAGAGGAAGAUGUGCUGGAAAAUGUCAAUUCUUACUGGUGUGAAGAAGGACAUUCUAAAAAUUUACUCAUGACACUUUAAAACUUUAAAAACAUUUAUUGAAUCUUGAUACUGUAUAACAGUGAAUAUGUUUAUUUGAAUUGUCAGGCUCUUUAAGUUUGUUCAUAUCAGUUCUUUCUUAUUUAUUUAUGUAAAUUUAAUUAUUAUGGUAAAGUAAUAUAAUUUA